AUGAAGAAUCUAAGCACUCUAGUGGCGUUGUUGCUGUCAUGUCGUUCAGCACUUGCCCAAACACCAGCCGGCUUCACACCAAAUGUCACGGCUCAUCUCGAUGUUGUCUUUGGCACCAAAGUUGUGGACCCUCCCGGAACGGCCCUGAGCAAGUCAGACACCUCUAGACAGCCUAGCAUUGGCACGUCUACUGCUCUCAAUGGCUCGUAUCUAUGGAUGAUGAUUGACCUUGAUGCAUCGACAAACUUUGCGAACCCUCAAGCAGGAAAACCGGCCACUUACUUGCACACGGUUCUUCGCGACUUUAAAUCCACGGGUCAAAAGUCUAGCAGCGGUACAUACACCCUGACUACGACUGCCACAGGGCCAGUGUCUUGGUUUGCCCCGGCACCUCCAGCUGAGAAUCCUCCGCACCCUCAUCGCUAUACCAAUCUGCUCUGGGAGCAGCCCGCCAACUGGGUCAUUCCUCAAGAGGCGAGCAGCCAGCUCCAGAACAAGAGGAGCGGGUUCAAUGUCGCCGACUUUCAAAAGGCAGCGGGAUUGAGUGAUCCAGUUUAUGCAAACUACUUCAAUGUUACUGGUUAA